AUGUACAAUCUUUCUUCACAUAUUCAUGACAUUGUGACGAAUAACGAAAAUAAUUUAACGACAUCUGAGAUGCUGAAGUCGUGUCGAAAUUUAAGUAUGACCGUUCGCUCACCAAAUUUACCAACGUCACGCGCCGGCUACGGCGGCGGCGCCCCUUGGCAGAUGCGACAAACUUGCUCGUGGAUGGACAGGCAUGGAAGACCAGUGUCGCCGCCAAUGGAGUACGCUCGAAGUGGACCUGUACCUGUACAAAGAUAUGGAUAUGGAAGAUCGACGAGCAAGGAUAGGAGUAUACGAAGGGUGAGUCGGUAA